UCUUUACCUGCCUGUAACUUGGGUGGGGGGAGUUGUCAGCCAGGUGGGCUUGUUGCCUGUGUUCUCAUCCUAGCAGUGUGGCUUAGUGGUGUUGUAUUCUUCAGCAAAUUAAUGAAUUUUCCUAAGCUUCCCAUUUCUGUAUCGUCAAAAUGAGGAUAAUUAUGCCCUCUGCCUUCCAAGGUUGUCCUAAAAAUUCCCUGGAGUCAUGCAUGUGAAUCUCGGAAGCUUGUGCAUACGGUCAUGUUUCCUCCUAAGGUUUUUAGGCACGAAGCAGCCGGCAGUACCUCCAGAAAACAGAACAAGCAGUUAGGAACCAGGGUACUAAGGGUCGAAGGCGCAUGCCCAGCCCUAGCAGGUGCUGGGGGGCGCAGCGCUGCCGCCGCGGCCUCCCCUUUAAGAACGCCGCCACCCACCGCCGUGGCUGCGGCAGGGACCUCCCCUUUAACUAACGGCGGCGGCUCCGCGCUCUUCUGCCCCCGCAACGGCUGCGGCUCCUGCGGCUCCUGCUGCCGCCGCCGCUCGGCUUCGGGUACCUGCCUCCUCGGCCCGGGCCGGAUCCCCGCCUGGCGCUGAGCGCGGCCCCGCCAUGGUGUCCUGGAUCAUCUCUCGCCUGGUGGUGCUCAUCUUCGGCACCCUGUACCCGGCCUACUCCUCCUACAAGGCGGUGAAGACAAAGAACGUGAAGGAGUAUGUGAAGUGGAUGAUGUACUGGAUCGUCUUUGCUUUCUUCACCACAGCUGAGACCCUCACAGACAUCGUGCUGUCCUGGUUCCCCUUCUACUUUGAGCUCAAGAUCGCCUUCGUGAUAUGGCUGCUGUCUCCUUACACCAAGGGUUCCAGCGUGCUCUACCGCAAGUUCGUGCACCCGACCCUGUCCAACAAGGAGAAGGAAAUCGACGAGUAUAUCACGCAGGCCCGAGACAAGAGCUAUGAGACCAUGAUGAGGGUAGGCAAGAGGGGCCUGAACCUCGCCGCCAAUGCCGCAGUCACGGCUGCUACCAAGGGCCAAGGAGUGCUGUCAGAGAAGCUCAGGAGCUUCAGCAUGCAGGACCUGACCCUGAUCCGGGAUGAAGAUGCCCUGCCCCUGCAGGGGCCCGAUGGCCGCCUCCGCCCAGGCCCUGGCAGCCUCCUGGAUACCAUCGAGGACUUAGGAGACGACCCUGCCCUGAGCAUAAGGCCCAGCACGAACCAGACCGAUUUCCGUACAGAGCCCUCUGAGGAGGACAUGGGAGACAAGGCCCCCAAGAGGGUCAAGUCCAUCAAAAAAGUGCCCAAGGCUGAGUCACCAUCUUCCAAGACCCUGAAGACGAGGCCCAAGAAAAAGCCUGUGGCUGGGGGCGAUUCAGCUUAAGCCCCUCUGCCCCCUCAUCUCUACCCCACGGGCUACAGAGCCAGGAGGAAGCUUGGGGCCAUCUGAGCCCAACCCAGCCCCUUCUUCAUGCUGUGCCACCAGCCUGGGGUGUCUCAGCAUGGGGCCUGCCCAGUGGACACUCCUCUGGAGGGCAGGCCCGGUGCUGGGAGAUGAGGGUGGAGCCUGGCCCAGAGCCUGAGAACUGAGCCACCCAGGGAGAUGGGGGAAGGCUCCUCAGCCUGUCUGGCCCUUCUCCCUCCUCCUACCCAGCCCUGUCCCUGCCCACCCAGUGCCUUGCUGAAGACCAUGGCCAUCCUCUCCUCUUAGGUCCCCACACGCGUCCACUGCUCUCUGAGUUGGAGGCAGCAUGGACCACAGCCCAAAUGGACCAAGGCUGAGCCUGAAGGCACCCGUGAGAAAAGGGGGAUCCACUGGGACUGCCUCAGGGAGGGAUCAGGUGGGGGCCAGCAGGUCACUGUUAUAACCCGAGGACAAUUGGAUUUAGUGUGGGCCAAAAUGGUCAGGAGGGCCGGGGCUGCAGCCGGCUCAGAAGGUGCCAACUAUCUCCACUAAAAACAGUGUGGGGUGGGGGUGGGGCACCCACUCAAGGACUCUCUCUCCAGUGGUCACUCCAUCUGCCCUCAGCCCCCUAGCCCCAAGGCCACCUCCUCCCCUCCUUGUCUCCCAAUCUCUGAGUUCAGAAGACCCCAGUCCAUGAGAGAAUGGGGUUCUGAGGGACCCUGUUCCUGCCAUAUGCCCUGGGCUGGACUCCUUUCCCCACUUGGAACUGGGGGCCCUACCCCAGGAUCCCCCAACCCCUGUUCCCAUUUUCUGUGCCAAGUAGACCUGGCCCUAUGUGAACAGAGCCCCAGUCCAGCUCAGCCCAGCCUCCACCCACACCCUGCUCCAGCUUCUGCCAGGCAGACCCUGAGAGGAGGACAGGAAGGCAGGAGCCAGGGGCUCCAAAAGCGUUGGGAGCCAGGAGAACUUUGACACUGGACGAGCCAAUAAACCCACCGCUGGCACCUCA